CAACAACAACAAAAAAUGAGUACAAAGGACCCUCUUCAAAGUACAGACAAGAAAGAAGACGAUAAGGAUAAGAACAAGUCAAAGCUUCGUAAUAAGUUUGACAAGGUCAUCAUCAAGUCUAAUGGUGUCUGUUACAUCACCGAGGGAGUCGUAGGCAAUGGUUCAUUCGGUGUUGUCACCCAGGCAAUCAUAGCAGACACCAAGGAGGUUGUAGCCAUCAAGAAGGUGUUGCAAGAUCAAAGAUACAAGAACCGAGAGCUACAGAUAAUGAAGAUGUUGAAUCAUAUUAAUAUCGUACAGUUGAAGAACAGCUUCUACACGACAGAUAACGACGAGGUCUACCUCAAUCUAGUUUUGGAAUAUGUACCCGAUACAGUCUACAGGAUAACCAGACACUAUGCAUUGUCGAAACAGCCAAUACCGCUACUAUGUGUCAAACUAUACAUUUACCAGUUGUGUCGAGCCAUUAGCUACACCCACUCACUUGGCAUCUGCCACAGAGAUAUCAAGCCCCAGAACCUCCUGCUGGACACACAGAGCAGUGUAUUGAAGUUAUGUGACUUUGGAAGCGCCAAGAUCCUCGUCAAGGGCGAAGCGAACGUUUCGUAUAUCUGCUCAAGGCACUACAGAGCCCCAGAGCUCAUCUUUGGCUCAACAAACUACACAACAACAAUCGAUAUAUGGUCACUUGGAUGUGUGAUGGCAGAGCUUCUCCUUGGACAGCAGUUGUUCCCAGGCGAGAAUGGUAUUGAUCAACUGGUCGAGAUCAUAAAGGUGUUGGGUACACCUACCAAAGAGCAGAUUCUUGUUAUGAAUCCUCAUUACUCUUCAUUUAAGUUCCCAGAGAUCAAGGCCAAUCCUUGGUCAAAGGUAUUCAAGUCGAGAGAUGUCCCACCCGAGGCAAUAGAUCUGAUCUCAAAGAUAUUACACUAUGACCCAUCAGCUCGUUUGAAGCCAAUCGAAAUUAUAGCACAUCCAUUCUUCAAUGAGCUCAGGGAUCCAAAGACGAUGUUCCCCGAUGGCAGAGGUCUGCCUCCACUAUUCAACUUCACCAUUGCCGAGCAGUUGGCGAUGGGGCCCAACUAUGCCAAGAUCAUCAUCCCAACCCACGCGAUGCACCUCAUCGAACAACCCUCGCCGCUCUUUCCUCACAUGAUUUCACAGCCCAUAUCAUCGUCCUCCACCACAACUCCGAACGCCAUCGCCGUCUAA